CCUCAUCCUUUUCUCUCCCUCACCCACCGCCCUUGUUUUCCUUCUUCUCUUCUUCCAACUUUUCCUCCUCAUCAAAUCGCUUGUGUAUCUUGCUGUGAUACAUCACUGACCGGCUAGAUAUAGCUAAGUGGCAUGACCAUUGCUGCCCUCACUGCUAUAACAUCACAACAACGCGCGCUGUGAGAGCUUCGACAGCAAGCUGAAUAUCGCGAUUCUUCCGCAGACAAAGACAUCCCCUUUCAAAAUAUCAACCUCUUGUCACUCAUCACUCCAUCGACUCAAGCAUCAUGUCUCAACGCUCGCGCGACCGCGGUACCACCGUCAUCUCGGCCGAAGAGCGCGCCAGACGCGUCACAGAGGCCAAGACCAUGAUUCGUGAGACCGCUACCUUCACUCCCGCUCUUCUUGGUCGCAUCGAGUCUCGCAUCGACUCCAACGCCUUCCGUCGUUGCAUCUCAGACAACACCAUCUACCAGUCCCUCUGCAACUCACUGAAGGACAAGAACGUCCCCGAGCGCGAUCGCCGCCCCGAUCUCGUCGACUACCUCGCCCUCGAGGCCAUCGUCGCCGUCAACUAUGACGGCGAGUACAACAAGGUCCUGAAGGACCUCUUCAUCCGCUGCCACACCGCCGCCUGGGUCGACAAGGCGAUUCUCGCAGCCAACCACGAGUGGUACCGUGACGGCCUCUCUGAUGCCCGCAAGUUCGUCAAGACCCUCAUCAACAAGGUUGACUCUCAGCUCCUCGAGAUUAUUCUCGACGACAUCGAGAAUACCUACUUUCGUCAGACCCUCAACGACCACUCCCUCUACAAGAAGAUUCUCGAGAAGCUCAAGAACAACCGUGACCUCAGCCAGCGCGACGUUCUCACCGCUGUCGCUCUCAACGGCGGCAAGUACCCGACCGAGGUCUUCCGUCACCUCAUUGUCCACCAGAACUCCUCCAUGUGCCAUUGGGGCAAUAACGUCCAGGCUCAGCACGCCCUCUAUGAGGACGACGAGUUCCAGGACACUCGCGCUCAGAACACCAUUGUCGGCGACACCAUGGCCAACCUCGAGUCUUUCGCCGAUGCUAUGCAGAAUAGAGAGAAGAGCAAUGAGAUCCGCAAGAAGGUCCGUGAGCUCAAGGCCAUCAUGAAGGGAGACAUGGGUCUUCUUCGUCACACUCAGGGUGGUCGUAUCCAGAAGAAUACUGGCGGAGGUGGUGGAAGUGGCAGAGUC